GCUCAGUUCCGUGUGUGCCGUGGAAGAUGGCGUGUUCCGCUUUGCAGUUUGUGGAGCUGCUGUUGUACGGCGCGGCGUUUAUCUGCGGCAUCGUUACCGCUGCCCUGGUCACUGUCAUCCAGGGGGACUUCGAAGGGGACUGCAUCCUGUACGGCCAGGCCAGCUGGAACGCCACGGAACAGGCGCUGGGCGUGGCGAGCUUCGGCAGCGGAUCGCUCUGCAACUUCGUGGACUUCGUCUCGCUGCUGGUCGCCAUCUACUGCUUCUGCACCGUCUUCUACUUCAUCUACGCCAUCUGCCUGGAGGAGAUCACCCGGGGCGCGCGCUGGCUGACGGCUUGCCUGGUGGUCUCCGUCGUCUUCCUCUUCCUUCUGCUGGUGUGCGGCUGCCUGAUCAGAGUUGGUUUCAGCACCUUCUGCCAGUCUGUGGUCAAGGCAGCUGGAAUCAAAAGCUGCUCAGAGGCCGAGACGCAGAAGUGGACUCCCCCGUUCCAUGGCACCAACUUCAACCAGAACUUCAGUAGCGCUGAGACUGCAACCUGGGUGAAUUUCUUCCUCUGGGUCCUCAUCCUGAGCCUGCUGGUCGUCCAGCGGAAGAGGGGCGACAGCGUCCGGCUGCUCUCCGGCGCCGAUCCCGAGUGGAGCACGGCCGUGGCGGGCGGCGCGGCGGCGACAGAGGCUUCGGGCACGGUGUCCGAGACGAAACGCCUGAUCCCCUCCAGACCCAAGCCGUGAGGGCGCCCCCCUCCCCCGGAGAGCGGGUGGGAAGGGGGCUCCCUCGGCGACAGCACGGGCGGCCGCGCGGCUGGAUCCUGGAUGGGCUGGUGAUCUACCUCUCCCUCUCACCCCGAGGGUCCGAACUACCGACAGGUCGGAGCGAGGGGAACUGGGACUGCAGGUCUGUCUGUGCUCUGAUGUACGGACUGUGUGUGUGAGAGAGAGAUUGACUGUGCCCCAAUACUGUAAACAAGUCACCUACUGUCUGUCUAAUUCUGUAUCCCUUUCACUGCCCAGUACUCCGUUCAAGUCUGACACUGUGUGGGUGGGUGUCUCUUGUCUGCGUGUGGGUGCCUGCCGGGGUCCGAAUCUGUCCGAUCGUGUGCCUGGGCCUGGGAUACUCUUGUCUGUGUGGCAUUCACUGUCUGAUACCACCUGGCAGGGACUUGCUGUGUCUGCGGGAGGGGUUUGGGGGGGGGGUCUAAUUUUGCCUUUUUGGAAGUGCCUGAUAUUUUGUGGUGUGUGUGUGUGUGUGUGUGUCUAGACACCUUUUAUAUGUGAUACUGUCGGGGGCUACUCUGAUAGAACUUUUUCGCCGUGCACGCAGUCUGAUUUAGUUUCGUCUGGGUGUUGCACUGUGCGAAUGCAGACAUCGGACCCGUGAGUGGACCCGCAUUCGGGGGAGAGGCAGUCGUGGGUUGGGAUACUUCGUGGUGGAAAAAACUUCUGUGCUUAAAGGGGAGGGGGUGGGGGGAGU